CUCGCCUGCAGUUCCCACAGCAGCUCACAAGCGCUGGUGCCCGUCGCGCACACAUGGAGUUUCCAUCAGCCGCGCAAUCGAGCUACUCCUUCGGAAUCCACUUAAGAACAUUGAAACUGAUAUUUAAAAGAACCGCUUGUAAGACCAAACUCAAAAAAGGUCGUUACAGUAUUUUUAUGCAGUGCAGAGGGAUAACUGAAGACUGGAACACCUGUUCGGCGCGCUACCGUCGCGACGUUUUAAGGAAAUAAUAGAAAUAACUGCCACUGCUCUCUAGAGGCAUUUGAGAGUUAAAUUAACUAUACUCUACAAACUGUUAGGACGAUUUAUUUUAUUUUGCACGGGGAUCUUUCCAGAUGCCGUUGAAAAUUUCUUUAUCACAGGUGUAUGGGAAAGGCUACACUAGGACUUCUACUUCUAACCCACGUUACAUUGCGUUUUUAAACAUCUACCAGGAACACUGAAGACCAUGGAAUUGAGCUGCGCAUCUGUCACAUCGAAACAUAUGUUUGUUUGGUUUAUGACAUUCAUCGGUGGAGCGUAUCUCCUCGGCUCAGUGACAGGCUGUGGGGCUGCUUAUGAACACGCCAUCGAUUACUUCUGCCUGGCCAAGUUUAGACUGGACAUGCAGGCCUUGGACCAACGGCGCUGGUGCAGCUGGGAGGACACGAUAGAGUUGUAUUGGGAAUUGACUAACUGCACCUACAUAGUGGCUCUGAAGAUGGACUGCUUCUGGCCCAACAGGCAGGUGGACCUUUUUUUCAUCCAAGUCCACCAGCUCUACUUCCAGAACUGCUCCCCAACAGGCCGGCUGCUUCAGGACCCACCAAACGGGAUCCUUGGACCCUUCAUCCUGAUCCCGGUUCUGGUGACUCUGCUCAUGACUGCCCUGGUGGUGUGGAGGAGCAAACGCAGUGAGGGAAUGGUCUAGGACAGGGGUUUCCAAAUUCUGACCAAGGGGCCCCACAUUUAUGCCGGGCUACACAUUCACUGUUUUCAUGGAUGGGAUAAGGACUGCAUUUCCUCCUCCAUCAUAAUCUGCCCUCAUGUCAAACACAUUUACAUGCAAAUUAAUUGCUUUGUUACACAAACCACCAGUAGUCACAGUAAGGAAGCCUGUCUUAAUAUGUGGCCAUGAGCUUAAUUAUGUAUUUAUAGAUGCAUACAGUAAACAAGCAUCUCAUGAUUGAAUUACCUUCACUGACUUCUGAAAGUGGUCAGUGGAUGCAAUGGAUUCACACUUUAAAGUGAAGUCAAUAAUAAAACACAUAAAAAUCACACGCGUGCACAUACACACACACACGCGCAAGCCUCACAGCUGGCAAGAAAUGAUCGAUUAUCCUUCUCCAGUAGGCACUGUGAAAUUGCCAAAUAUGGUAAUUCUAGCUAGCUACCGUGAAUCAAUAUCAAAUUCAAUUUAGAAAAAUUGUAAUUAAUAACCACAUCGCACACAGUAGAUUGUAUCAACCUUAAUGAUUAUGGUAUGGAUGUUAUUUUCAAUUAGGCCCACAGAAAAGACAUUAUAUCAGCAUCCAAAAGCAAUGAUCACAGCAAAUAGGUUAUUAGCGGCAGCUUAUUCAUGCAGUAGGCCUUCCUCAUUAGCUGGGUGGAUAUGAAGCAGGAUGCAGUUAUAAUUACAGUCAACUGCUUGCUCCCUAUGUGCUGUAAAUCACAUAAGAACUGAACCGUGACUGGCCUGAGCCCAUUAAAGACCUAUUUCACUUCCUCACCUUCCCCCACCUCAUCACCUUUUGCUCUUUUCAUUUACAUUUUAUAGCUUCUAGAGAAAAAAAACCAUAGAUAUUAAACCUUUGAUUAAUAUGAUUGGGCGGUACCUGACUAACAUAUUAAUCAAAUAAUGCAUUGGUUAAACAACACUUUUUUUGUGA